AGAUUCACCCUAGAAUACCGCAUGGAACGCUGCUUGAUCGUACCGGUCGUGGUGCAGUCUUCAUUUAUACCGGGGUUUGGAGCCUGGCAAAAAGGUUCUUCUUUCAUCUCUCACAAUUUCACAAACAUCCAAAUCCAAAACAGCAACAACAAAAAUCAUGAUGCAAUACUACGACUGGACCAAACACCAAGCCACGGUGGAAUCUUCAGCCAAACCUUUGAAUGGACCUGCAGCCGAAACUAAACCAAACUGCCCUCUGCGACGAUCGCUCAGUGGCCUCGUCCUUCGCCGAAUGCAGAGUUCCGCGAGGGCAAAAUGGCAAAUGGAAGAAACACAAGAUCAUGCCCCCCGCAGAACUCCUCCUCGAAGAUGUGUCAGCAAUGAAGAACACGUUUUUGAGAGCCUGGAAGCUUUGAGGAACAAAUCCAACACUGAAGCACGCAGAACACUCAAAAAGUCUACUUCCAUGGGUAGCCUGAGGAGCCGAAAGGGCAGCGAUUCACCCAACGACAGCAGCCGAAGGAUCAGACAAGUGAAGGGACAAGAUGCCCCGCCAAGGAUCAAAAGAACUGUGUCUUCUUCGCCCAAGAGAGCCCCCCGUCGUCAACCACGAAAAUCUCUUUCUAGGGACCAGAUGCCUAUCUUGCCAAUGCAAAACAAUGUCGUUUCGAAUGCUGCUUAAACAUCAUAAACAAAUGAAUGAAUGAAUAAAUUUAAAUAAAUAAAAAUGAAAUAGGGAAUGCUAAUAGGGAACUUUAUUAAAUUGUACGUUCAUCCAGAAAAGCA